ACCCCCUCUUAUAUAUCCUCUCUUGUUUCUUCUCAAAGACCACCUCUCAUCUCCUAUCUGCUGCCACUAGAAGCAGCAGUUAUGGCCAUAAAACCUCCCACCACCAACACCUUCUCCCUCCUCUUCUUCCUCUCCAUUCUCCUCGGGACUCUUUGCAGUUCAGGCUCUGAAGCACGACAUUCAGCCUCGUAUUCUCCUACACUGAAGAAGGAACCCCAAUCACAGGGUUCGAACAAAGAAGGGUUGUGGAGAUGGAGGGAUAUGAGUGCAAGAAGACUGAUGAUAGGCUCCACAGCUCCAAUCUGCACCUACAACGAGUGCCGAGGGUGCCGAUUCCAUUGCAGAGCCGAGCAAGUCCCAGUGGACGCUGGUGAUCCCACGAACAGUGCCUACCACUAUCGAUGCGUUUGCCACAUGUAGAGAGGGACCAUUAGUGAGCCAUGCUUUGGACCAACCAAGUCAAAUGAAGAGGGCUAGGGUUCUACAGAUCCAAGCAUUUGAAACCUAUGUGGUUGAAGGCUUAGAAGAGUUCUCCAUCUUUAGAUGUCUCUCUCUCUCUUUUUCAUUAUUUCUUUUUGUGUGUUGUUCAGGUUGUUGUGUGAUCAUCUGCUGCCUUUGUCUAAGAGAAUGUUUGUUCUGAAUGAUAUGAAAACACUGCAUUUUUAUUUUA